AUGUAUAAGAACCAGCUGCAGGAGCUUGCACAGAGAAGCUGUUUCAACCUGCCUUCAUAUUCUUGCAUCAGAGAAGGACCAGAUCAUGCACCAAGAUUCAAAGCUUCUGUUAACUUCAACGGUGAGAUCUUCGAGAGCCCAAACUACUGCACCACACUGAGGCAAGCAGAGCAUUCUGCUGCUGAAGUAGCCCUCAAUGUUCUUUCCACUAGAGGCCCUUCAAGGUCCUUAACUGCAAGAGUUCUUGAUGAAACUGGAAUUUAUAAAAACCUGCUUCAAGAAACUGCUCACAGAGCUGGGCUGAAGCUGCCUGUUUACACUACUGUGAGAUCAGGGCCUGGGCAUGUCCCAACUUUCACUUGUAGUGUAGAGCUUGCUGGCAUGAAUUUUAAUGGAGAGGCAGCAAAAACCAAGAAGCAAGCUGAGAAGAAUGCUGCAAUUGCUGCCUGGUCUGCCUUGAAAAGAAAUUUGGGGUCAGUUUCACUAAUGACAAACAAAGAAGGAGAAAGUGGUGGUGAUCAAGAACAGCAGGAGCAGGCAGUUGUGACUAGGCUGCUCUCAAAUUUUAGACUCUCAAGCAAAGAAGAAUAUAGCAGACAGUUGAGGAGGAAACCAGAUCAUCAACAAACUCAAGCAAGGAGACGAACUGUGAGGGGUGCUAAUAAUCAUAGUCAUAUUCAUAGGGACAACAAUGCCUCCACUUCCAACUCUCUAGUACAGAAUCUACAGCACUGGAGGCUCAUAGAUGAAAUGCUAACAGAUUUGGUUCCUCGAGUUUCUAGUACUUCACAGAAACAAAGCAGUUUUGCGUCUCUUCUUCCUCCACCGCCACCACGAAUGGAGUCCAAGAUUUUGCCACCAACAGCUACACUCAACAGCAAAUCAGACAAUUCCUCCUACUACAAUUCCAGUUAUAAUAGGCCUAUUCCUGUCCAAAUGAGAGGUAGUAGUAGUAGGUCGCAGGUUGUUCCACCUCCAUUGGAAGAGCACCAAAAGGAUGAGGAAGAAUGGCUUGGUGUGAAGUCAGAUAUCUUGAUCGGUAAAAAGACCACUAGUGAAAAGGAAAGUCAUAGUCCUAGCCAUAGUAACUACUUUUCGAAUCCAAGCAGACCUGCAUUUGGUUCCAGUUGUGCUUACAGCAGGCAAUUUCCAAUGUCACCGAAUCCAAUUAAAGCUCCAAAUACUAGUGCAAGUUCAAGUUCAAGUUCCCUCCUGGGCAGAAGAAGCAUGUACAGUCAAGGGUUCAACCCAUAUAGUCAUAGGGUUGCCCCAGCAGUUCAAAUAAGAUCAGUGAUUCCUGUUUGUGCAGCACCACCUGUAGCAGUGAGGCCCCCAUCAGCAGUAACUCCAUCAAACCCGCCACCAGCUUUACCAACAUUACCGAGAAUGAAAGAAAAUACUAACGGUACUACUAGUGCUAGUACUAGUUCACAACCAGCAGCAACAGCAGUGUUGAGUCUUGAAAGAAAGUGA